UUUGGUCCAGCCGGACCCCAGCACAGUCUGAAGUGUCAGAUAGUCUUGUUAACACGUGCGAAAUUACAGUGUAUGGAAGAGGGUGAAAGAAGGGGAAACCCGGGAGAGAGAGGGCUGCUGAACGCGACAGAGGCGUUUUGGGAGGGAGUUGGACUUGGGGGAUACUGCGGAGGUCCUAAUGAGGGAAUGCCGAAAAGGAGGGCAGACGUACGGCCAGAGCACCAGACAUGAGUCCGAGAUAUCUGUUGUUUCAGGUGGCGGACUGAAGACGAUGCUGGGUGCCAUGGAAGUUCAAAGUCAUGCUAGGGAUCUCCUCCUGCAGCUCAACAGCCAGCGAACCAAGGGCUUCCUGUGUGAUGUUAUCAUUGUGGUGCAGAACGCCCUCUUCAGAGCUCACAAGAACAUUUUGGCUGCCAGCAGCCUCUACUUGAAAUCAUUGGUGGUCCAUGACAAUCUCAUCAACCUCGACCAUGAGAUGGUGAGUCCAGGAGUCUUCCGGGUCAUUCUGGACUACAUCUACACAGGCCGGCUUAGUGAGGGGGACCCCACUUCUCCCACUGAACCCAAUUUGGGGGCUGUCUUGGCAGCAGCCAGCUACCUUCAGCUGCUCGACUUAGUGGCCUUGUGCAAAAAAAAGCUGAAAAGAAGUGGCAAGUACCCUCCACGCCCAAGUCCUGCAUUUCUGCCCUACCCAAAGAUGGGGCCCAAUAGUAUGGGCUUAGGGAGUGGUGGCAGGUAUAGGGUUUCUACUCCUGUCAUUCAGUCCUGCCCUCCAGGAGGAAUUUUGAAUAGCCAUGCAACCCGGGCACAACCACUAGAGGAGCUAGUUCCCCAUCGACUAGGCCUUCAUGCAGGGGAGCUGUAUGCCCCUACCUCUACCCAGGGCUCACAGGUGUUUCCGUCCCUGCAGUCAGCUCUGCCUGCCCAGCUUGGGCGCUCAGCCCACCCUGAGAGGAACUGCUCCCCCAACUACGGCCUUGAUCUCUCCAAGAAAAGCCCCAACUCCCAGUCUCAGCACAUGCCCUCUCACUCCCAUCUGGCAAAUACUCACAAUGAUGAGGAGCGAGACGGGACUCUGAGUGGCCGCACUAGUCCCAUGCAGGGGACAAAUGGAAGAGCCUUCCCCUCAGAAAAAAUAGAGUCCACAGAUCAGGCAACCUCCCUCACUCCUCCCCCUUUUCCCCAUCUCAACCAGCCUCUUGGCCCUCACCUCCCACACCUGCAUCGCUCAGGCUCCCAGGGCACAGAUCGUUACCCAUGCCCCCCAAGCCCUGACACCCCCACGGAAGGUGGCGAGGCAGGCAGAGACAUGGGAAACAUCUACCGCUGGGUGAAACAUGAGCCACUGUCAUAUACAGCUGAGGAUGAAGAGGAAGAUGAGGAUGAGGAGGAGGGGGGCGAAAAUGGAGACCAGCAUCAUAACCACCACAAGGCCGGGGAGGAGAGUGAAGGAGUGGACGACAAGAGCGGGUCAGGCACAGAGGAGACAGGCAGUAGUGAAGGCCGUCCGUCGCCUCGUGGAUCAUUGGGGAGGUUCCACAUGCCGUAUGAGCCAGAGAGCUUCGGGGACAAUCUGUACGUCUGCAUUCCCUGUGACAAAGGCUUCCCGAGCUCAGAGCAGCUUAAUGCACAUGUGGAGACACACACAGAAGAGGAGCUGUAUGGUAACUCUGGUGGGGAGAUGGGAAACAGCAAUAACAGCAGCUCCAAAAACAUGAGCAGUAAUACAAAUGGUUAUGGGAGCCUGAACAGCAGCAACAGUUUGAACAGUCUGUCCCACCUGGAGACCAAGUCCAGCCAGGGGCUGAGUUCAGGCAGCAUCGGGGAGAUGAUCCGUCCCUACCGCUGUUCCUCCUGCGAGAAGUCCUACAAAGAUCCAGCCACUUUGCGCCAGCAUGAGAAGACCCACUGGCUGACCCGGCCUUACCCCUGCAGCAUCUGUGGCAAGAAGUUCACGCAGCGUGGCACCAUGACGCGCCACAUGCGUAGCCACCUGGGGCUCAAACCUUUUGCCUGCGACUCCUGUGGCAUGCGCUUCACCCGGCAGUAUCGACUCACCGAGCACAUGCGCAUCCACUCGGGGGAGAAGCCCUAUGAAUGUCAGGUGUGUGGAGGAAAGUUUGCUCAGCAGCGCAACCUCAUCAGCCACAUGAAGAUGCACAGCAGUGGAGGGACUGCAGGCGGCUUGACCACAGAUGGGAAACUCAAGCUGGACUUUACUGAGGGCAUCUAUCCUCUGAGUAAAUACACAGCAGAGCAUCUGGGGCUGAAGCAGGAGAAGGCCAACGAGCUUCUCAUCCAAGCCCAGCAGCAACUGGUAGCUGAUGCAAAGGCCAUAGAAAGCCUCUAUCCGCUGUCCAAACUGGCCUCCGAGCACCUGGGCCUGUCCCACGACAAGAUGGAUGUCCUGGGCCAGCCUCUCCCUCCUCCCCCACAGGCGCUCUCUGAAGCCCGCACCAUUGACCGCUACUCACCCAGCUAAGACCACAUGUCCUGUAUAAAUGGCAAACACCAAUAGGUCUGUGUGCACACACACACAACUUGCAGUAUUCAAAAGCCAUUCACCUCAAAGCAGUAUCUCCUCUGCACCUCAGACUCAGGCCGAAAGUAAUUGGCCUGUUGAUGCACACCAAAAUGUGUUGACUGUAAGUGCCUUUCUAUGCAUCUAAUGUAUCUUAAAGACCUCCUUCAUAAAGGAGCUCUUUGCUAUUCCGUGACCAAGGAACACUCAUUCAAAGAAGUACAGUAUUUAUGUACGGUGUAUGCAAACAAACAUUUUUAAAAAAAGAUUACAGCCAUUGAGCCAAAGUGACAAAUUUGAAAACCAAAAUGAAAUUGUUUUAUUUAUUUUUGUAUUAUGGUGAAAACCAAAGAGAAACUGUUGCAAGGAAACAUUGCAAUCUGACCCUAAACCUGUGUACAAAAGGUUGUGUACAAAAAAAAAAAAAGGAAAGAAAAAGCACAUAAGGACAAGAUUCAGGGUUUCGGUCCAGACCUGAGCGGAACUUUUGAACCAAAUGAAUAAGCCAACUCUUCUGGACUUUAAAGUAAAGGGAGGAUUCCCCCCCGCCCUUUUUUUUUGUUUUGUUUUUUGUUUUGGGGGGGUACUGGACAAUUUAUGUAUCUCACUCUCCAGCUUCUCCAAAUCAUGUUCCGGUUCCCCAAGUUGCGAGGAAAUGACUGAACGAUGAGAGCAGUUGCUGCAGCAUUUUGGUAAAGUCUCCUCUGCUUUAUUUUUCUCCACACUUUUUAAAGUAGCCCCACUCCUCCACAUAUUUGUGUGGAUAAAGGCUCAUACUAUGUGACAGUAAUGGUAGCUUAAUCAGCCUUGCACUCAGCGUGUAACCCUUCAUGAGCUAAAACUUCCUUUGCAUUUAGACUAACAUCCCUUAGCUUUCGGUUGUUAUUGAGACGCAGUAAGCACAGCCAUAUGAUCUCAUAUCUGGGACAUGAUUGCACAUACCCAACUGAUGACACACUAAUCGCUGCUCAUGAUGAGUGUAGCUUCAUCUCAUGGAGCAGACGAAGCAUGGGUGUUGCCUCUGACAUUGUGUAAUAUUUACAAUUGUAGAUGUGGCCGAGCAGAGAGGCGCGGAUCGGGUCAGAAGUAAUGACACAGAAAUCUGCCAUUUACUGUCGAGAGCGAUUAUUCCAUUCACUUCAGCCUGGUGAUUAAUUGUGGUGCCGCAGAUUCUGAUUUGAACUCUCAUUUGACCUCCCUCCCCUGUAGUCCGUUGUCUGGGAGCCCUGCUACUGUUGACAGGCCAAAGUCGGUGCUGUACUCAGCCCUUAGCACUCCACCGCCCCCCCUGCCCCUUUCACACACACACAUAGAGCUGCUAAUGUGUCCAUGAUAUGAACAUAAGAAGGGGUUUGUGGGUCUUCCCUGGGAGCCAGCGGGUGAACAGCACAUCCCAGCUGCUGUGCCUCAGUAAUCCCUGUGAAAUCUCACUUUCUCCUGGACAAUUCGCACUGCUCGCCGGCAUGAUGUCCCAUUUCAUGCCUGCCAUCUUACCCCUCUGAUCCACUUAUUAACAACAUAUCCAAAGCCUAGCAAAUGUCUCCCGGCCGCCUCGCCUCCCUUCCUCGUUCCUCGUUGGUAUCAAAUGCGGAAACAAAGAAUGACAUAUUUCUGUGUUGGCUGACCAGCAGUUCCUCCAGCUUGAAAACAAAAGAGCACUUAAAGGUUGCGGGUAGACGGCACAUUUUUGACUUUCAGUGUUUAUUCCAAACAACAUGCUGGCCUUUUUUUUUUCUUUUCUUUUUCCACUUUUACUGGUUCUUGAUUCAGAUUAGAAAUGUCUGACCACUAUAGUGCCAAUGCCAACCUCAGUGGGUGAAUGUGAAGACUAAAGCCAUAAAUACACUGUGAUAGACGUAGUGAAUAUUAAAGGCUAAAAUAUAUAUAAAAAAAAUAAUAAAAAAAAUAAAAGUCAAUGUGCCUGACUUUUGGGAUUGUUUUUUUUUUUUUUUUUAAAAAUGUAACAAUAAUUUAAGGGCUUCCUCUCUGUAGCAUAUGAUCAUAUCAAACAUGUUGUUUUCUGUCACUUACUUUUCAUUAUUUUGAUUUUUAACUGAAAGCAGCGCACGUGAAACUGGUGCUUACCUCAGGACUGAACCCAGCAUGGGGACGCUAAGCUUUACUAAAUCUUCGAAUAACAAUGUCAACACACACACACACACACACACACACACACACACACUUUUUUUAAAAUUUUCUUAUUAACAGGGCAGUUGUCCUGUGUUAAACCUGUGGUUAUUUCUGUGUUUAUAAAUUUCUUUUUACAGUUUUAUGGUGGAGAGAUAACAUGUGUUAUUAACUUUUUGUUUUCAUUUUUACUAUGUGGUAUACAUUUUCCAUUGUGUUGUCCUCUAAGAGGCUUGUGUCGGUCUGACCAAUUCCAUUGUUAUAUAACAUAAGGCAAAGUUCAUUUUGGUUGUAUCAUAACUGGCUGUUUGUGAAUUUUUGAACCACACUUUAGUGAGCAUGGUGGCAUUGAUCUUUGGUUUCAACCGCACAUACAGUAAAGUGACAAAUGUAAUGUUUUGGAAUGUCUCCACAAGACAUGAUGUAUUAUCAGCACUUCCCUAAACAGACGAGCAGUGGCUUUGCUGAGCGUAUAUGAAAACCAGCCUCAUAUUGUUUGACUGCUUUUCUCCAGAGGUUAGUGAACUCUAGAUGCGAGUCAGACUGAGGCCGAACACACACACACACAAAAA